UGUGAAAGAUUGUAAACAGUAUGAUAAUAGCUAAACGUUGUUGACAAUCUCAAUGUGUUCAUCGUUCGCAUAGUGUUUUUACCUUUUCAUUACAGAAAACACCCGGCCACACGCGAAUUUCCUGUGAAUAGUAAAUAAGGAAGGAUUAGCAAAAUAUGCGACAACUGUCAUAGCGCUAUGAAACCCAGCGAAAGUUACAGUUAGACUUAUAUGAAUUCAUGAUUUAUGAAUAAACGGGAUUAUUUUACCAAUAUUGGAAUUUUCAUAUGGUGGAAUGUCAGGUUUUCGAUUGAUUAACUUAACAAGAUAUGGAGGCAGUUUCUGGUGUCAUGCCCUUUUAGUGUGCACAACAGAGAUAAAGUGAGCUAGGUAGUAUAAGAAAUGUCUGAACGUGCAGAAAACGAUAGUGGUCAUGAGCUUGACCUGCCCUUGUCAGCCAACAUACAUGAUGUCAGGGUGUCACACUUUCUCCUCCAUCUCAAGUGUGAUCUUGAAUCUAAAAGGUUGACAGGUGACAUCACUCUAUUUUAUCAGCAUAAGAACAGUAAACUAGACUGUGAGACUGUAUCACAAACUGAUGCCACACUGAACCCUGUGCAAACAAACUGUAAAAGCCAUUCCAAAGUCCAUCAAGCAAACACUGAUCCAAGUACAGCCACUGUACACGAUCCGGCACUGAAUGAUUUGUGUGAGCAUGAACGUAGAGAGAGUGAAGAUUUCUCAAAGACAGGGAACAUGAAUAUAUAUAGUGAUGAUUCUGUCAUUGUUCCAGCUACAUCAAGCAUACAAAGUGGAAAUGCAUUAGCUCGAUGCUCCGAUCAAGAGGCUCUUCAAUCUUUUUCUAUUCCAGAUAAAACAGAAACUCAAAAUUCACUACAUAUUUCCAAUCCUUGCCAGGAUGCAGUCAGGAUGGUAUUAGAUGCUUAUGACCUUGAUGUGAGCUGUGCUGAGGAGCUGAUACUGUCACCUGAUCUGGAAAGAAAGCUGUCCUUUGCCAAACGAGGAGAUGUAGAAAGUGCAUCCGGUGUUUAUAUGCAGUGUUACAUGCACUGUCAAACCAACCCCCUCCAGGUCUGUGUCAGUAAACACAGCAUCAGACUCGGGGGAGGAGGCGGGAAGGGUGAGGAUGGUCUUCUUCAGUCUCCGACUGGGUCUGGUGAGAGCAGGCUCCACCAGGUUCAUGGUGAGGUUGAUGAAGGUGAUGAUGACAAAAGUGAAUCGCAGACUAUAGCCGGAGAUGCUUACAUGAAGUGGGGGUCACUAGAUUCUGGUGGAGAGGGUGUGGCCCGUGGGGGUGGGAGUUGUAGAAAGACUUGCAGUGAAUACAGAGAUAAACAGGAUGCUGCACGUCACACGUGUGUCCAGGGUGAAGGUCAGAUACACAGAGACACACAACGUAGAAGGGAAGGUGUGACGAGAGCUGUGAGGAUACACUACAGGACAGCGGGAGGGCCGUCACUCAAGUGGACUCUGGAUCAAGAUGGAAAGGAGUGUGUGUUCACUGUUGGUCACUGGCUCAACAACCGCUCCUGGUUCCCCAGUCAGGAUGCUCCGGACGCCAUGUCUACCUGGCAGACUUGGGUCACAGUUCAGGAGGGGCUGACGGUGCUGAUGACUGGAGACAAGUCCUGUACACCGUCAAUGUCCCAGGGAUGGAAGACCUACUAUUACUACAGUACAAUGCCAAUGCCCACCUCCACACUAGCUAUAGCAGUCGGGACGUGGACACAGGUGGAUGUCGUGCUGGAGCCAGAUACUCCCAAGUCAAGCCAGCUACCAUGUUCCAGUCAUGGCUCAUCAUGUAUCGUGAACUACGCCACGGGGCCGGCUGUGCCGUGCCGUGUGUUUGUCUCCGAGUGCCUGGCCCCCCUUGUUCAGCGGGAGCUGGCGGUGUACCUCCCCCGGUGCCUGGGAGAAGUGUACUCCAUUCUCGGCCCCCACCCCUUCCAGAGGCUCGACAUCCUCAUUGUCCCCUAUUGUUUCGACAGUCUUGGCAUGGCGAGUCCCAGCCUGUUGGCGCUGUCCCAGUCCGCACUGGUGGGAGACAACUCCAUGUGUGUCCGAGUGGCCCACGAGAUCUGCCACUCCUGGUUCGGCCUACUGAUUGGUCCACAAGACUGGACGGAGGAGUGGCUGACAGAGGGCUUCUGUACAUACCUGGAGGACAUCGUCCAUGCCAGGGUCUGCCAGUGGGAUGAAGGUGAGAUGGGGGAUCGACUGGAACUACGAGCGUUGCUGAAACAGAAGACCCUGCUGGCAGAGGUCGAGAACACAGAGCAGGACCUCCAGAUGCUCCGACCAAACAAAGGGGAGCAACUCCUCCCAGCCAGUGAGGGGGUUCAGUAUGUGAAGGACGGGAUGAACCCAGAUAAGGCCUUCAUGCAGGUGCAUUACCUCAAGGGAUUUUUCCUGUUGCGGCACCUGCAGAACAAAGUUGGCCUCACAGAGUUCCUGCUCUUUCUCCGCCAUUACGUGGAUCGGUUCCAUGCCCAGCUUGUCACAUCACAGGACUUCUUGCAGUUCUUCUUCGAGGAAUUCCCCCAUCUGAGGACUGAGGAUCUGAGUGAAUUGCAGCUGACAGCAGAGUGGCUGGACUGUCCACACCUCCCCCAGGGUGUAUCUCUGUUUAAAGCCAGCUCAGAAAACAAUCUGUACAGUGCCGUGACGACACAGGUGGCUCUGGUGCAGUCGCACUGUCUCAAGAUGGGUCGCCGCCACAGGAACAACAAGAAGCAGAGAGUGGCCAACACGGAACUUACAUUGCAGGAGCUUGACUCUGACCAGCUGGUGCUGUUCCUCGAGGACCUGCUGCAGCUGCACCUCAUACAAGGAAGUGUCCUUGACCUUGUGCAUAAGACAUACCAGCUGCCAUCAGCUAAUCCAGAUGUGCGUCACCGAUGGUGUGAGCUGGUCAUUAAACACAGACACACACCUGGAUAUGGCGAUGUCAAAACAUUCCUGCUGAAUGAUCAGGCCAUGGGUGUAUAUUUGUAUGGGGAAAUGACGCUGUCUACAUGCAAGAAGCUGAAGGACCUGGCUUGCCAUUGUUUUAACCUGGUGGGACAAGAUAUGCCUGAAGGUGCUCACAAGACUGUCCAUGCCAUGCUGUAUGGUACCUGAAUACAUACAUGCAGAUUA